AUGUCAUUGACUGAUGAUCAAGCUUCGAAACGGCAGGCAUAUCGCGCUGCCAAGGAAGCCAACCGCAAAGAAUUAAAACAUGUGAAGAUUGACGAUGCGCUGCCGAAUAAGUCGUCAGAGCUAGAUCUACCCAAGAAGAAGUUCUACCGCCAGAGAGCUCAUUCGAACCCGUUCUCGGACCACCAGCUGGAAUAUCCGCUGUCUCCAGCAGAAAUGGACUGGUCGAAGCUAUACCCCCACUACUACGAUGCAGCUACCAACACAAUGACAAAGAAGGUCACUGUCGCAGACAUCGGGUGUGGAUACGGUGGGCUGAUGGUCGAACUAUCGCGUGAGCUGCCGGAGAACUUGAUUCUCGGGAUGGAGAUCCGUGUACAGGUGACGAACUACGUCGAGGACCGGAUCAUAGCUCUUCGGACCAAUCACGCUGCGCAGAAAGAGUACCAGAACAUCAAUGUGUUACGAGGCAAUGCCAUGAAGUUUCUGCCCAAUUUCUUUGAAAAGAGCCAGCUGGAGAAGAUGUUCUUCUGUUUUCCUGAUCCACAUUUCAAGCAAAGGAAGCACAAGGCCAGAAUUAUAACUAACACUCUCUUAAGUGAGUAUGCCUACGUGCUCAAGGAGGGUGGUGUUAUCUACACAAUUACAGAUGUUCUGGACCUGCACAAUUGGAUGGUCGAGCAUCUGAAUAUGCAUCCGCUAUUUGACCGGCUGGGCGAUGAGUGGCUCGACCAAGACCCGUGUGUCCGUAUUAUGAGGCAUGCCACCGAAGAGGGCAAAAAGGUGGCACGUAAGCAGGGCGACAAAUUCGUUGCAUGUUUCCGCAGACUGCCCAACCCGGAGCUAGUAUAG